AUGACCGCCAAUAUCGACGCCAAAACGAUGGAAAUACUGAUAACGAUGCCAGGCCCCAGUGCCUAUAUGAUGCCAGGCCCCAGUGCCUAUAUGAUGACCUGCCACAGUGCCUAUAUGAUGCCAGGCCCCAGUGCCUACGAUGCCAGGCCCCAGUGCCUAUAUGAUGCCAGGCCCCAGUGCCUACGAUGCCAGGCCCCAGUGCCUAUAUGA